AUGCGCAACGGCAUCAUAAGGGCUUACCGCCUGGCCGCAGCCAAUGAGCCCGACGCCGAGAAGGCCUUCUUCGUCGCCGACCUGAGUGUCGUAUACAGGCAGCACGAGAGGUGGAAGCGUUGCUUGCCCCAAGUGGAGCCCUUCUAUGCUGUCAAGUGCAACCCGGAUCCAUACGUCCUGCGCCUAUUGGCCGCCCUCGGGACGGGCUUCGACUGCGCCUCGAACGGCGAGAUAUCACAGGUGCUCAAGCUGGGCGUCGACCCGAGCCGGAUCAUCUUCGCGAACCCCUGCAAAGCCGCGUCCUUCAUCCGCAACGCGGCCAAGGCCGGCGUGGACAUGAUGACGUUCGACAACACGGACGAGCUGCACAAGGUCGCGCGCACGCACCCGCGCGCGAAGCUCGUCGUGCGCAUCCUCACGGACGACUCGAGGAGCCUCUGCCGGCUCGGGCUCAAGUUCGGCGCGCCGCUCGUGAGCGUGCCCGGGCUGCUCGCGAAGGCGCGCGAGCUCGGGCUGGACGUCGUGGGCGUCAGCUUCCACGUCGGGAGCGGGUGCUACGACUCGUCGGCGUUCGCGGACGCGGUCAUGCGCGCGCGCGCGGCGUUCGACAUGGGCCGGGAGGCCGGGUACGAGUUCUCGCUGCUCGACGUCGGCGGCGGGUUCGAAGACGCGAACUUUGAGGAGAACGCGGGGGUGCUGGCGGGAGCGAUUGAUCGGUAUUUCCCCGAUCGACAGGGCAUCAGGAUUAUCGCCGAGCCGGGGCGAUUCUACGUCUCCAGGGCGUUCAGCCUGGCAGCCAAUAUAAUCGCGCGGCGCGCGGGGGAGAGCCCCCCGGCGGCUCCGGACGCAGAGAUAGAUGCCGAUCAGCCGACGGUGAUGUACUACAUCAACGACGGUGUAUACGGGGCAUUCAAUUGCAUCCUGUUCGAUCAUCAGAAGGUGCACCCUUACGUGCUGUCGUUGGGCGGGUCGUUCCACGUCCCGGGCGCGGAGGCGUUACGUACGGCGGCGUGCAGUGUGUGGGGCCCGACGUGCGACUCGAUAGACUGCGUGUGCCCCGUUACGCGCCUGCCUGCGGCGCUGCAGGUGGGCGACUGGCUCGGGUUCGACAACAUGGGUGCGUACACGAUCUGCGCGGCCAGCCAGUUCAACGGCUUCGAGGUCAGCAACGUGAUCUACACGAGCGGCGGGGGGCCCGGAGACGCGGAGGUCCGCGCGGUGCUGGGGGCGUUUGCGAGGGAGGGUCGCGGCAUUGAAUAG